UGUGUAUUUACGGUAGUUUCCCUGCUCUCCAAAUCCCGCAGCACUUGUUGUGUCUUCUUGUGGUCACUUUGGAGCCAGAUAAGCUUUGACGAACGACACUGGAUUUAUUUUUAAUACAUUAGUGAUUUGCAGCAUUUAACAGUACUUUCUCUCAUAUAGGCUGUAUACCAAAACAUUACUUUUCUGAAAUACAUUUGAGUGUUGUCGCCUGCGCAUAGCCGUCGGACCGGCCUAUUCGGCAUUGUUUUUGGGGCGACCGUUAUCCAGCAAAAGAGCGAGACAGAGGCAGAGAGAAGGGCACUUAUUCCACGAGCCUCUUUAGCCCGAACGGAGAUAAAUCGAGGAUAACAUUCGUAAUUACAACCAUUUACGCAACCAGAUAACGGUGGACAGUUACGGAUACGUCUGGUAUCCAACAACAAGUCAACCUUCAGCCUGUCAUUAUUUUAUUUUGGUGAUCUUAUAUCGAGAAAAUUACCGUCCGUGUUCAUGCCAGAUCUGCAGCGCUUUAGUUUUCCAUACCAUAGCAUGAAUCCUUUGUUAGGGGCGAACUCGCUUCUCCAACAUCAACAGCAGCAGAACCAAGGAGGACAGAGUCAUCCGGAUUCCCCCUCAGGCCUUCUGCCCGAAUCCGUCUUCGGCUCGCUCGACCCGACGUCUUUCUUCCUGGGCGACCAUCCCGGACCGGGCACGGAGACUCAGCCAGGGUUCGAUUUCUCCACACCCUCACAAGCUUACCUGCAUCUGAACCAUAAUAACCACUCUUAUCACCGAUCUGUGCCCCAACCUCCUGCAGCGAUGGCCCUGAGGAACGACCUGGGCUCCAAUAUCAGUGUCCUAAAGACUCUGAAUUUACGCUUCCGAUGCUUUCUGGCCAAAGUGCAUGAACUUGAGCGAAGGAAUAAGAUUUUAGAGAAACAACUACAACAGGCGUUGGAUGCGAAGAACAGCUGUGAUGGGGGUUGUUCUGAAAUCGCUAGACGGGCCCAUACCCAAGAAACAGGUGUACAGACUGGGUUUGUGGGAACUAUCCCGCUCAGGCCCGGGUCACUCCCGUUCCAAAACACCAACAACUCCGCGAGACGACCCACUACCCUCUUCACACCUGCCCUCAACACUGUCCUCACGCUUGAGUCCAACAACAAAGCUGGAACAAACCCCACCGAACCGAAUCAGAAUCCGACCAUCACGGUAAGCCUAUCAACCCCGACAAUUGACUCUCCAGCCGGGUCCAAUUCAAUCACCAACGGGAAAACGGUUUCCAGUACUGGCACUGGAACCCCCACCAACCCGCCUCCCCGGUUCCUUCCCGGUACUAUCUGGUCCUACAACCAUACCCGCAAGCUCGGUUCUGGCGUGGAGACGCGCGUCACCAGCCCCGGUGUGUCCUGGGUCCAGCCGGACGGGGUCGGGGUCGGGGUCCAGAUUGAUACCAUUACCCCGGAAAUCAGAGCCCUGUACAACGUCCUGGCCAAAGUCAAGAGGGAGAGAGACGAGUACAAACGCAGGUGGGAGGAGGAGUACACUGUCAGAGUGGACAUGCAGCAGAAGAUGGAAGACCUACAGGAGGACCUCCAGGAGAGUGAGGGCUGUCAGGAUGAGUUGGCUGUCAGAGUGCAGCAGCUGAAGGCUGAACUGGUGCUCUUCAAAGGCCUCAUGAGCAACAACAUGUCUGAUCUGGACAGUAAGAUCCAGGAGAAGGCCAUGAAGGUGGACAUGGACAUCUGUAGACGCAUCGACAUCACGGCUCGCCUGUGUGACGUGGCCCAGCAGAGGAACUGUGAGGAUGUCAUCCAGAUGUAUCAGGUCCCUAACACCCAGUCUGCCAUCAACUGUCGCCCCCGGAAACAGACCCCGCUGUCCGUCAACAGUAGCGAGGGUGAUGAGACUAUCAGCACCUCGGAGAGCGAUGGGGGCCUGCCCAGAGAGGAGGAGCUCUGUGGCUCGUCAGCCAGUCAGAUCAACGAGGAAAUGCAGAGGAUGCUCAACCAGCUGCGGGAGUGUGAGUUUGAAGAUGACUGUGAUAGCUUGGCCUGGGAGGAGACAGAGGAGACUCUGCUGCUGUGGGAGGACUUCCCAGGAUGCACUCUGGCUCCAGAGACCAACCACCAGCCAGGAGAGGAAGACCAGUGUCUGGAGAAGGUGAUUAACGACACUGAGGACUUAUUCAAAUCCAGGGAGAAAGAAUACCAAGAGACCAUCGACCAGAUUGAGUAUGACUUAGCUACAGCUAAGAGUGAUAUGAACCGUCACCUACAUGAAUACAUGGAGAUGUGUUCUAUGAAGAGAGGCCUGGAUGUACAGAUGGAGACCUGCAGGAGACUCAUCACCCAGAGUGGGGACAGUAAGCCUGGCUGUCCUGUGGCUGGUGAGGAGAGCGUUGACCAGGCAGAGAAGGAAGGGACAACAGCGUCACCACCUCUCUCCAACUCUCCUCCCAGAUCAUGACCUAUCAAGACCACCUCCAUCACAUGACCUUCAUUCCAUCCAACCACAGCACCACUCAACACCCCGCCGUCACUAUAGCAACGCCAUGUUUACAUUCUAAUCACUAGAUGUUUGUUAGUCUUUUUAAAAUUUUCUUCAAGCCAUCUUCAUUCACAAGCCUCAAUAUAGGAAAGUGUCAGAUCUAUCUGUUUUAGUGACUGGGAAGUGGUAUUACUAGCACCAUGGAAGUCUGUACAUAAGACUCCACUGUUUAGCAGAGCUAAGGUAACGAGGUAAUGGAUUGAAAUACACAACUUGAAUUGAGAAUACCUCAUAGAAAAGUAUGAGCAAUAUUUGAAUGAACUCAUAUGAGUUGUAGGCUAGCGUGUACUCUUAUGGUAGGUAGUUGUUGGUACUACAGAGAACCAUGGUAAUAACUCUCCUAUAGCAUGAUCCAUUUCCACGCAGCCAUAAUGAUAAACACACCGCACACACACCAACACACACCAAUACAUUCAUGUCAGGCUAGCAUAGCAGAUCAUUCUAACAGUGUGCUGUCCUGUUGCUACAUUAUGAGGGUUGUUUUCAGACUCAGUCAAACUCACCUAGAAGUAUAACACAGUAAAUAUAAGCCUUAGGGUGUGUUUGUAAAUUCACUGGAGUGCCAGAGUGCGCUCUGGGCGUUCGUACAUUUAAAGCGUUGUCAGAUUGUCAGUUCGUAAAUUCUGAGUGUUUCGCUCUCGGAGCGUUCGGAGCGCACGCUGGACGCUCUGUCCGAGUAGUAGGGUUGAUCCGAGCAUUCUGACCUCGCAACAGCAGUCAAGCACCCAAGCUAACUGGCUAAAGUUGGCUACCUUGCUAGUUAACUACUUCCAGAUACAAAUGAGAGAACACCUCACUCUGACCAUUUUACUCUCCCUAGCAGAGCUGGUUAGGCUGUUUAUGUUAUCCAGGGCGUUGGUGACUGUAGCUGUGAUGCUGGCAAUAAUUUUAUUACGCUUUUUUGCCUACGUUUACUGACACCGGCUAAAUUCAAUGGGUGUUGAGCGUUAGUAAAUUCAUCAGAUGAGAAUGCUCUGAGAGUGCUCUGAAAUCGGAGUAGAUAGCCAGAGAAAAUGUACAAAGCAAAGCCCAGUUGGCAAGAGAGAGAAACUCCAGAUGUAUCACUUUAUUAGCAACAAAACAGAAAUAUACUGUACUGUAUCAUAGUUAUUCAAACAGACUAAAAUAAUAUCAAAUCACUCAUUUUAUCAAGACAUCAACACUUCAUUCAUAUGUAUCAAUGAAAACUAGAAAAAGUCAAGUAGUAAACUAAACUCUAAGAUGCAGUCACUCCGAUGGCGUCACUGAUAUCCCCUGUGUGUGAUUCUGCACUCAUGAGUCACAUUUUCAAACAAAAGCCUGCUCGAUUCUCUGCCCUUUUGUUGACACCAGACAGGGUGUCAAGGUAACAUUAUUUUACCGUCCUGUUUCACUUACCUGCUAUUUACUAAGGAAUUAUUGGAUAACAUUGUGUAACAUUCUGUUCUUUCUUCAACACAAUUGGUAACUACCUGUACUAAAUGUUACAUAGUGGUGCUUGUUUCACUGAAUCCCAAAGAACCCCAAAAGUAGUUUUAUUGUAAUUAUAAUGUAAUACCAUUUUACUGUGUCGAGUAAAGUAAAUAGGAGACUGUAACCAGAGUCAACAAGAGGAGAGAGGGGGGAGAGAGAGAGAGCAGAGAUUUUUGUUUUAGAAUGCAGCCGUAGCCUAGGGUUUCCACUAGAUUACACAGCCACAAAGUUAAAAUUGGCUAUAUCGUAAUAUUUCAUGAAAAUAAAAAUGUGCUUUUUGGUCUUAAUUUAAGGUUAGGGUUAGACAGAAGGUUAGCAGUGUGGUUAAGUUUAGGGUCAGAUUUUAAGAAGAUAAAUUGUAGAAAUAGGAAGGGUUUAUGACUUUGUGGUUGUGUAAACUAGUGAUGACCAUAGCCUAGCCUGGUUCCAGAUCUGUAUAUGUGCUUUAGUCAACUCCUCUAACUAUUGUUGUCAUGCCAUAUGAUUUUCUAUGUGACUCCAAAGAGGCCAUCUCUGCCACUGAUCCACUUCUAUCAGGUACUUUGACAUUUUGGCAUGGCAACUAUGGUGAGAAAAGUUCGCUAGAGCACAUACUGAUAUUGGACCAGGCUAGCCAUAGGCUCUGUGUCGGCCCUAUAUGUGGUAGUGCAGUGUGAAUAGUGUAAAUACUCUGUUAAAGCUGAUCUGAUGUCAGCUCUGGGGCCUUGCCCUGCUCUCUGUGUGUCUCUGUCACUGACACAGUGAGAGGGAUACAUAUGACAAAGGGCAUUGACACCCAAGUGUUAUUAUACCUACGAGCUGUCUAAUGUAUACUAAUGUUUUGUUUAGUUUCCAGCAGCAGAGAGCAGAGGAAGACCCUGCUACUCUGUCCUCUAGCAGGGAGAUAGGUAGGCUAGGCUAUGAGAAGUUAGAUAGGAGAGAUCUGUGUAUCUGUUCUGUGCUCUCUAUUUCUAUGUGCUGUAGUCUGAUCUGGUUGGUAAGGACUCAAAUGCAUCAGUAGUAUUGUAUCAGAGAGAAACGGAAGAUUGAUGAACAGGCUAUAAAAGACAGAAUGUCUACAGAUAACUAGGUCUACAAUAGAACACGAUAGAUGGGUGGAGCUGUUACUACAGUUAGAGAGCCUAGAUGACAAGUAGAUAGACAGACAGAUGAAUGUACAGUACGGAUAGAUAGAUGGACAGAUUAAUGAAUCCAUGGAUAGAUUGAUGACCUGCUGAGAUAAUUUAUGUUUGCUACUUGAGUGUCAAAGCAACUGAAAACAAGCAGUCUGAAUGAACUUUGAGAAAUAUUGCUGAGACAUUGUUAUAGAAGUACUAAAUACUGAUGCUGAAAAUCUAUCCGACACGGUACUUGAUAUGACCUAACCUAUUUUUGAGCUUAAAAGUUAGCCGUUUAUAAAGAAAGAGCAAAGCAAAUAUGUAUAUUCAAUAAUACAGCAGUAACAGCAGUAAUAACAGUAUUAAAUGUAACAGAAGAAUAAGAAUGACAUGUACAGAUGUAGGAUCUUAAUUUGAUCACUUUUGUUGUUGAGAAUUUUCCUGUUCUAAAAAGGCUUCUAAAGUUUGUAAUUUCCACUCUGAAAUUUCAGACUUGAUUUCCGUAAUGAAAAAUGCAUCAACCCCUACAAAAUUGGCCGUUAAUUAUAAACCACAUAAUAAAUCACAUUUCCUGUUGCUGCAGAAUUUUUUUCCUGCUGUAGCAAACUGGCUCAAAUUAAGAUUCUACGUCUGUAAUAAUUCGAAUUCGUAGACGUCACGAAUGUAAACAAUUAUUGAAGGAAAACUUGUUUUAUUUUCUCCACUUGUCACUUCAUAUUUGUAGAUGUGGUGAAAUAGUGAGAUUGUUAGAGCUUAGGAGUAGAUUUCCUCUCUGUUAAUUCAACAUACACUAUGUUAUUAUUCACUAGAAUGUAGAUGUACAAUACAUUUUUGUUCCUCUUCCUUGACAUUUAAAGAUGCAUUACUUUGAGUAUAAAACACCCUCUUACCUCAGAUAAACAAUAUUUAAUAACUCACUAAUAGAACCCAAGGAUUCCUUCACAAAUAAUAUCUCUUUAUCAACAACCAAAUGGAGUCUUCAGUUUAGUUCAUUUCAUUUGUGUUUCUUUCUUUUUCUUGUUUGAUGAGGAAGUUGUUGAAUCAGGUGCAGGCUGCUGGUCACACCUCAAUAUUCUAGUAUUCUAGAAGGGUUUCCAAGGCUUUCUCUGAACGAUUAUAUAGGUUGUGAAGAACAGGUUUUGGAACCAUGAAAAAAUGAUAUGCAUGUCUUAAACUAUGUAUUGGGUAUGCCAUUCCUUGGGCUAGGAGUUUCUCCUGACCACAUGACCUAGGUCCUAGACCGGGGUAUUCAACUCUGACCCUACGAGGUCCGGAGCCUGCUGGUUUUCUGUUCUACCUGAUUUACUAAUUGCACCCACCUGGUGUCCCAGGUCUAAAUCAGUCCCUGAUUAGAGGGGAACAAUGAAAACAUGCAGUGGAACUCGCUUUGAGGUCCAGAGUUGAGUUUGAGGGUCCUAUGCUAUAAUGCUUGGGUUUUUUCUGCUCGGCUCAUAUGGCCAGUAAAACUCCUGGCCCUAGCGUUCCUGCCCUUUGGCCAGAACUGGAGAUUAAAAUGGAGAAUAGAAGGCAGCGGAGAAAUAGUGUGAGAAUAUGUACUGUUUUUUUUUUCUUUGUAUAUUUUACUACACGCACAGAGAGACUGAGUCUCUGCAGUAUGUAUGCAUGAGUCAGCGUGUAUGUUUAGGAGAGUGUUCUAAUGGCCUUGGUUUUUAAAAAGAGUUUUACUGGUUCACUUACAACAUGAAGAAUGCAAUUGUCCCAAAAUGCACACUGUCUUCCGGUGUCUGUCUGACAAUAGACCAAUUCAUAUCCUCUUCACAACUGAACUGAAGGCUAACUGAAUCAUUGUAAACUAGAGUGGUAGGGACCAUACAGUGAUGUGUUCUGCUGACUGGAUUCCCAUCUCUACAAAUGUCUUUAAAUCGCCUUGAAAUACUGUAUAUAUGUAAAUCAAAGAUGUACAAUAAUCUCUCUAAUAUUCCUUCAAUAAUCCACUUUCUUCAUGAGUGUAUGUGAUUACAAAGUAAAUUCUUUUUAAAAAUGGUACCAAAGUGUAAAAAAAAAAAAAAAAAGAUUACUACUCAAAUGCUUUAACAUAAUGAUGGUAUGAUUGCUAUGAUAUUGUAUGCAUUAAAGGAAAACGCUAUGUUGGAUAUAUUGUAUGUUUAAACACUGGCAAUGCAAGGAGGUCCACAGACAAAAAUACUUUAGUGUCAGGUUCCAGGAUUUGGCACAUAGCUGAACUUUUAAUGUGGAUGGAGAUAUUUGAUUGGUCCUUAAUAUUUCUCGUAGACCAGGAGCCAAUGCUCUUGCUCUGUGAGGGCCAGUGUAUUCUCUGGUCCAUACAUUUCACCAUCAACUAAUUCCAUCUGGCCUGGGUAAGCUAGCAUGCAGGUGAAUAGACUGAGUUGUCAAUGAGAAGACUGUUAGGAAUCACCAGGGCCUCAUUUACUAAGCAUCUGCACCAGUGCCAUGUUUACACCUGCUCUGUUCAGAAGGGAACGAGUCAUAGAACAAAAGGUCAAGGGACAAGUAAAGUCCCUUUUCUGUUUCUAGCUUUGUAUCUCAUCUUAGAAUUCCCUCCGAAAAGAGCAAGUGUAAACAUUGCACUGCUUGGUAAAUCAGGCCUUGGUCUUUGUUUUGGUGAGGUGUGAGUUCUGUGAAACUGGACUGUCCCCUUGAACAUGUGUGCUUCAACUCUGAGCUCUGUGUACUGACAGAGAGUUCAACGCUGAGCUCUGUGUACUGACAGAGAGUUCAACGCUGAGCUCUGUGUACUGACAGAGAGUUCAACGCUGAGCUCUGUGUACUGACAGAGAGUUCAAUGCUGAGCUCUGUGUACUGACAGAGAGUUCAAUGCAGAGCUCUGUGUACUGACAGAGAGUUCAAUGCAGAGCUCUGUGUACUGACAGAGAGUUCAAUGCAGAGCUCUGUGUACUGACAGAGUUCAACGCAGAGCUCUGUGUACUGACAGAGUUCAACGCAGAGCUCUGUGUACUGACAGAGUUCAACGCAGAGCUCUGUGUACUGACAGAGUUCAACGCAGAGCUCUGUGUACUGACAGAGUUCAACGCAGAGCUCUGUGUACUGACAGAGUUCAACGCUGAGCUCUGUGUACUGACAGAGAGUUCAAUGCAGAGCUCUGUGUACUGACAGAGAGUUCAACGCAGAGCUCUGUGUACUGACAGAGAGAUGGAAUGAAGAAUAAAAGAUACAGCUGAGCAAUA